GCCAGCCCACUCCAGCUUUUAGCUCCUCUAAUGCCUCUUUGUCUCCUUUCAGUGUCAUGCUGGUAUUUCGCGGCUUCUGCACUGUGACAGGAUCCUUGUACCAACUGUCACUGGACUGACUGUGGAAGGGAAAUAACAUAUGGAUGCAUCCAGAAAUCGAUGCUGCUGCUCUGGCUCCCGACAGGCAGCUCCAGGACCUGCUGCCCACGGCUCUUGUGCUGGUUUUCCUGCCCGUGGUCUCUGCCGUGGCCCUUCCCCGGGAUGAUGGUUCUGUUUCCCGAGUUCCCUAUGUAGGAAACUGCUCGGGUGAGUGAUCAGACACGGGUAAAUCCUUUUGACGUCUGCCGACGCACAACCUGCCACGAGCCCAGGGUCAACGCGAGCCUGGGAUGGGUUUGGCAAGGCUCGCCAUUGUUGUGAACAGUGAUUAGUAUUAAUUAAGCUGCUCUGCCCUUGUGCACUGCUGGCAGUGGAAGCAGCAAGCCCAACCAACUGUAAAUCUGGCUGUGGGGAUUGUGGGUUUCCAACAAUCCUGGGCUAAAGUCCAGUCCCAGAACUUGAGGAGGGUUUGAUUCUUCAGUUCUUACUAAAACUCUCCAGCUCAUUUCUGGGAGAUUGGAGUUAAUGUUUUGACAAAUCCUGUUGCUAGAAAUUAGCUUUUGAGUCUGGCUCUGGGAGGGUUUGCUCAUCCCAACUCGAACACUCCGCAGGUGGCGUUCCAAAGGCACAUGUUCACUGACACCACUGUACUGGUUGGCACAGCAUUUUAGUUUGAGACGCAUGUAGUUCUCCUAAGUUUUCCAUAAGCUUCUGCAAUUCUGAGCAUUAGAGAAAAACUAUCAGUGAAUUUAAUAAUAUUUAAUAAAAAUAUAGUAUAUAUUUACUUUAAUAUUAUUCUUCUAAAGUUCUUGUUGCUGUUUAACCUGCCAUCUUGCUGAGCCGCAGCCUCGGGGCAGUUCCAAGUUCCAGAGGCAGCUCCAGAGCAUCUUUCCUCUGUGGUGUUAGUCUUCCCAUAAGCGCUUCCACUUUCCAGCAUUUGUGUUCUGAUAAUCUUUUCAUGCAUUUCUUGCAAUACUUCAUUUUAAUGUAUAUUCUCUUGUCACUGCAGAAUGGAAUUCAGCCUUCUGGUAAGUGAUAUCUAAAUCACUGCUGCAAGGAGAGGAUGAAAUACGGGUGUGUGAGGGGGAGGCAGAGGCUGCGACUGAGCAAGAAAAGCUCGCACAGCAAGAAGAAAUAUCUCCAGCACGAAACGUGCUGCGUUUCCCGCAGAUGCUGUGUACCGCACGUGCGUGUUGUACGAACACGGCUGUGUCCUCUCGCCAUUUAACUGGGAGAUUACCUGCUCUGUAUGUGCAGCCGUGUUGUGCGUAUGCAAUGACUCAGGUGUUUGUUGCACACGGAGCGGCAUCUGGAACCGCUUGCUAAUCCAUGUCUGCCCGUGCUCAGAGCCGCCUGUUUCCAGCAGUGACAUUCCUGCCGUGUGUCCAGAGCUGAAGCAGCGUCCGCUGAACCUUCACUGUGCAUUUGGGGUCACCACUUGACCCUGGGCAUUGGGGUGAGGCCCUUUGAAAGGGAACCAAAAAGGAGAAAGAUGGGUGGGUUGUCCCUAGCAGUAAAAGCACAUCAGGGCAAGCAGCAGAGUCAGCCUCUCCGUCUCUCCUCUUUGGUAUUUCCACCUCUCCUGUGUUUGGUUUUUGAGGAAAUAGAUGGUAUCUCUGUUCCAUCCCUGUUCCCCAGACCCCUCUCCAUUCCCUCUUUGCUGCUGGUUUCUCCUGGGUCUGUCCCCACUGAACACGGGUGGCCAGACCCGAACAAAGUCCCCAGAUAAGAUCUUCCUGGGGCUCUGCACAAUGGAAACUUCCCUGAAACCCGGCCAAGGUGUCUGCUCAGGGAGAUUUUCACCCCUGAGGGAUGAGAUUUUCCUUUGAAAUACUCAUUCAGAUAGCAUAAGUGUUGCUUAUUCAAGAUUAUAUUUUUUUCUUGGCUUUAUACAUUUCAUUACAACUUCAUUUUUUACAGUCAAUUCAUGACAUCUUUUACAGGUACAACUGGAGUCAAUUUGAAGCUCAGUCUUAACAAAGCCAACAUUUGUCAGGCUUCUGUAACUUCUCUGCAUCGCUUUUUGUCAAGAAAAUCUUUUUCCAGUGCUGCAUUUGAAACAGGAAUGAGCAUUUCAAGUCCCACAACUUUUCAGGGACUGGGAAAAGCUGAUGAUUUCCUACAAUAAGGCUCCUCGAAUCCCUGCCUGUACGCUCUGUGUGCUGCCUUCCCGUGCAGACAGCCCCGUCAGCCCCCUGUCACAUUUAGACGCCUCAGUAAUUCUCACCAUUUCCUAAAGAGUUGGUUUCCUCCAAGAACUGAGGCCACCAGCACCGGGCAGCCUUUUUAACCCAGAGCAGGGGAAACGGCGGUGAGCGAGUGAUCCAGGCUACAAAGGGCAGUGGAGCCGGCGGUGACGUUACUGGUGUAAAUCAGGAGGCGGCAUCGGGUGCUGCUCGGGGCAGGGGCACAGGGUGGGUGCUCACGAGACAGGGGUUCGGGGGCAGAAGGUGUGUCUGCUUGGCUGCAGGUUUUAUAUACAGGCAACUUUUUCCAUCUGGGUUGCAGGACAGAAAGGGAGGACGGCGCAGAGUCUCGGCGAGUCCCGAAGAGCCUGAGCGGAGCCGGGAGCCGUCCCAGCGCUGCAGCUGAUGCAGCAGGGGACUCUGCUGGAGAUGACGGUAUUGAAGCUUUUUGGAAUCGUCCUUUUCUGUGGCCUCCUCUCGCCCUCCCAAGAAGUCCUGUCGGGUCUGUCCUGUGCCGUCAGUCCAGGGGCGAUGCAGAACGUGCUGUCGAAGACCAUCCUGCAGAGCGGGCUCCUCCAGCGGCACCUGCAGGGCCUGGUGCUGCCCAGCAUCCUGGGGAAUGGGGGUCUGCUGUCCGCCCCCACCAGCAUCACUGGGCUGCACCUGGUCAGGUCUCAGCUCCCCAGGCUGUCGGUGACGCUGCUGUCGGGGAUCGGGGUCCAGCUGAGCAUCGCUGCCGAGCUGGAGCUCCGGGGCAACUGCUUGGUUGGCCUUCUUUCAGACCUAAUUGAUAUCUCGGUGGCUGUGAACAUCACUGCAAACAUUAAAUGCACGAAUUUUGAAUCGGGCACAGUGCAGGUCGUCAUUGAAGACUGCCUCUGCAUUCUCGGGGCCAUAAAGAUCAAUCUCCUCUCUGGCUUACUGUCCCUAUCAGUAAAUGAGAUAGUGCUUAACCAGCUGACAGCGACUCUGCCCGGUUUGCUGUGUCCAGUGGUUGAUAUUGUGGUCAACCUGGUGAACAUCCACCUGAUGAGCACUCUCAACGUGAUGACGCCAGUUGGUACCGCAGGAACGAUUCACUACCAGCUGGCCAGCCUCCCGUUUACCUCCGGCUUGUUCCUAGAGCUGGAUUUGGAUGGUGUGGUGCAGGACGUGGGAGGCAGCAUCAUCCCCCACGACUCGUCCCCCUCUGCUUUACCUCUGCUGCUGGACAAUCUCUUUGUCAUGGGCGUGCGCCAGGGCUUCCUCAAUGCUGUGGUGGUCCUCAUGUUCCAGAUCCCGACGCAGAACCUCACCUGCGCGCCCGGAGCUUUCUCUGGUGCCAGCCAGCUGCAAGAAGCCAUCAUGACCCUCGCUCCCACGGAGUGCUCUGUCUGCCAUGGAACCCAUCCUCUGAGCAUUCAGCUGGCCUUGGCUGGGAACCCGCUUAUCCUCUUGGAGGAAAACCAAGCCACCCUCAAGCUUUCGGUGCUGAUUCGGGUGUUUGUUAAUUUGGAUGGAUCCAUCCUCAACCUCCUGCUCCUGAAGGCCGACCUUGGGCUCAACGUCCAUGUGUCAAUUUCUGGAGGCAAACUGGUGCUGGGCUUAUCCCUGGGCAGCACUUCCAUCUCCCUGGAGUCCUCUGAUGUUGGCAUCAGUGAUAUCUCGCUGCUGCAGCCCCACUGCAGCAGCCUGCUGGCGGAACGGCUGGUGCCCCUUCUCAACGGAGUUCUAGAAGUCGGGAUCCCUCUGCCAAACGUGCUGGAUAUUCCCUUACUGAAGGUGGAUAUUCAGAUAUUGGCGGGGCUGCUGGUGAUCGUGGUGUGAGCACAACAGCUCCAGGCGCCGAGGGAGGGGAAGAGAGACCGGUGGGACGGAACAUCGAGACCAGCAUCAUCGCUUUUAUUUUCUCAACUUGAUUCAAAAUUCUUUAACAUUUAAGACACUUUAAAGUUAAUUGGCUCACGUGAGCGGUAAGAUAUGUGCAUAAGCCAUAACCUGAUAGACAGCUCUGUGUACAAAUAUUUAUAUAGAGAAAUUAUCAUGAUUUGGGGAUCACAGAGCAGUUGCAUGUGGUGCUGCAGUGCCAUUGUUAAAUUUGUUCUGAGGAAAAAUUGUUCUUGAUAUAAUGAAAAUAUUUCACAUGGCUUUCUCAGUAAAUGUCGCCAUCCACGAUCAGAAAGGUCUGAAGUGCUGAGGGGGAGCUCAGGAUACAUUUGCCAUGUAACUCUUUAAUAAACAUUCUUACUUUCUUAGUGUUUGGAAUGAGGUUCUGGUUUCUGAUGCUUCUCAGGGAGAGUAUCUGUCCAGCCUCUUGCUGUGGGACCUGGUUCCUUUGUGACAAGAUACUUUGGUUUUUGGUCUGAAAACUUUUUCUACUCCAACUUCCCCAAAAAAUUACACUUGGAUAUUCAGUGGCUGCUCGUGGCUGGGGUGACCUACUGACCAAACGCUAAUCCACAUGCAGAAAUCAGAAUGAGGUUGAAUUUCCAAAGGUCAUGAAGCAUUUUCCAAUAGAGUCUGGACACGCCAGUACAGCCGUGGUGCUGGUCCAGCGGGGGUGGGGGCUGCCUGGCCCUGUCACACCGAGCAGGACGGGUGUCCCCGUCACCCGUGCCAGCAGCCGGAGCGCUCACAGCCGCCUCGGGGCUACACGGUUCGUCAAACUCGGCGUCUCCAUCCGUCGUUUUGCCUGCAGGCUGGCACAAAGGGCUUUGUUAGCACAAGGUUUUGUGCUGGUUCCUGUGCAAACACCUGCUGUAUGGUAAGUAAAGUUUAGACUCUUUUCUGCGCUCGUUUGGCCAGCGCUUCUGUAUGCAUUCCGGUUUGCUGGGAGGGGAUUAAUUUUGCUGGCGCUACAGAAUAAUCUGUGAUUGUCGCUGUCCUGGGGUCUCUUUGAGUUGAGAAGGAAAAGCGUCACCGCGAGUCUGGGAUCACGGAAGAGUGGAAAUGUCGUCUUGUGUGCCUGCAAACGGCUUUUCCUCCCAGGGCUCGGCCUCUGUCACAUUGUCUGUCACAUAGGGCUGAGCAGAAGGGGCAGAGGAGCCUUUUCUAAAGGAAAGGGCAGUGUAACCCGGUACUUCUGCAACUCUAAAUCUAUUGCUCUGAAUUGCUGGUAUGUUCAGGAGUAAACCCAGAGCAGGAAAAACUGCAAGUUGGAAUUCACAAGCACUGGAACAAUCCAGUCCCCAGGAGAAACACCACGGGGGGAUGCAGAGCCAGGCAGAAACGCCUGAAGCCAGAAUAUCCACUGGCAAAUAAAUACAGAUUUUUACUACUGUAGUUUAUUCCUUUUGGGAAACUGGUUUAAGAUAUAUUAGUCAAAGAAUAAUGGUUGCAGCUCUACCAGGAAACUUUUAUUAGGAGCAGUUCCCACUAUUGCCAACUUCAGGCAUUAAAAUCAUUAGUCAGGUCCCCAAGCUGGGCACAUAAACCUUCAGGGUUUUUUACUCCUUAUAAUAAAUCCACUUGGCUUGUUUUGUUUGCUUUCCUAUUUCUGAGUCUCUGAAAUAUGAGGUUUUGAAGUGCUUUUCAGCAGCUCCAGAGGCCAGGAACCCUGUGCUUAGCUGUUGCAAGUGGAAGCAGAUGUGUGUGAUGACCAUGGGUUUGUGGGCAGCCCCGUGGCCGAGCUUGACCAGAGCCUGUGGUCACAGCGUGGGGGCUGCUCCAUCCCAGCACCUGCCAUGGGGCAGCUCCAUCACCACCCCACCCUGACAGUGUGGGCUCUCAAGUCUCUUGUGGGUUUUGUUGGGUUUUAUUUUUCUCCCCCUUUAUUUUGCUGAACAACCUCUUGAGCACAGAGAUGAGUUUGGUCUGUAGGAAAGAGUGUCCCAGUAUGGAUGGGCGCAGCUGCUGGUGCCCCAAGCAGGCAUGUGGCACCGUCCGUCUGUCGACAGUCAUGUUUCCAUCAGCGUUUUCUCUGUGAUGGGCUUUGUCAGAAAUAUAGUUUUGAAAAUAUAACUGGCUUCAAGUCUAAAAUUAGAAACCACUGUGCAGGCUGAUUUUUUUUCUUCUUCUUUUUUUUUCCCUUUCUAGCCCAGGGAAAACCGCUACCCAUAAUGUUCCCAUAGUAACGUGAGGAGUGGAGGAAAAGCAGACGUGAGGUUUCUUGUUGGUAGGGGCUGUGUUGUUCUGCAGCUGAGAGGCACAGGGCUGCUUUGAAUCCAUAUAAGUUAGUGGAAUUUUCAUGCUUCCUUAAUUAAAUGUAAGGUCUGGACAUCUGUACUGGUGCUAGUUCUUAGAAAAAUUCACCUGGCUUUAGGUGCAGAUUGUUGAAGGGAAAAAAAGUCAAUAGUCAUAUCAGAAAAUGCAGUAUGAAAGAGAAAUCUUUAAUUAAAGUACAGAACAUUGUUACAACCCAUCCUCUUUCUGCAACAAAAAUACCAAGAGCAGGACUGGAAGAGAAAGCUGCUAGUGCAACGCUGUUAUCAUCCUAAGUCUGAUAAGGUGGUGUUUAGAUAAAGCAGGAAAGCACAUAUUCAACAUUUCAAGCAGUGACAAAACACAAGGGCUGAUUUCAGCGUCAACAGAACCAUUCUGC